UAGCUUUGAACUUUCUUUUUUUCCUAUUUUUCUCUAUUUCAAAAGUUUUUCUAACAAAAAUGAUGAGAAUUAAUGGAUUCGGGAAGAAAUUAUCGGCCAAACAAAUGCGCGCCAAGUUUGAAAGGCAAACUGAGUGUGAUUUCGAUGAGUUAAAAGAAUCUCGAAAAUGGCGUGAACCACCAGAAAAGGCUCUUCGUUUUGAAAAUGUCAUAAUUCAAGACACAAAUUUGCCAUUUGAACAAGUCGAGGAAUCGAAGAAAAUGUUAGGAGAUGCUCUGCAAUUAUGUGGAAUUGAAAAUGAAAUUGCAAGUUUUAUGAAACGGAAAUUUGAUGCUAAAUAUGGUGGACACUGGCAAUGUGUGGUUGGCAGAAACUUUGGCAGUCACCUGGAUCCAAUUCAAUUUAUUCAUUUUACAGUUUCAAAAAUCUCAGUGAUUUUGUUCAGAUGAUGCAAGUGUGCUCUAUUGUUGACUAUAAAACUGUGAAAAUUUUGAAUGAAUUUGUACAUAUUUCAAAAC